AUGGAGCCGUUUGUCGUCAGUAUAAAAAGCCUGUCAGAGAAACUUCUCCACAGACAGAUCAAUGCAGACGUGAAUGAGGUGAUUGAAUCACUCUUCAACGAGAUUUCAUCUCUGGAGGGAUCGGCAAGAAUACAAGAUGCUCAGUUGGAGGAAAACGCCAUUCAGUUGUGGAACUGGGCUGUGACAAAACGCGCUGGCUCAACCAUAACAGAAGAGCAGAAGGCCAAAGUACGUCAUGUGGCGUGCAGACUUCUGCAUUCAUGUGGACCAGAGAACCCUUCAGAGAAUGUUGUUCGCAAACAGAUUCUGAUGGCCAGUAAAACGGGGAGAACGUGGCUUGAUUGUAAACAACCCAAACUUGCUGAUGAUUUUUUGCAUCUUGCUGUCUGCAGCCUGGAGACUCUUUACAGCAGACUAACUUCCCAUGGAGAUUGUGCAGAUGAUAUAAACACACCAAAGGGAGAAAUAGAGAAAGACUUGUUACGGGUUUUGUCUUAUCAAGCUGAAUCAGCAGUUUCUCAAGAGCGCCACCAGGAAGCUGUGUCCUGCAUGCAACGAUGUAAAGAAAUGCUUAUGCGUCUUCCUAAAGAGUCUGGCUAUCUCUCUCUCAUCUGUUACAACUUUGGAGUUGACACUUAUAGUCGAGGAAAACAUGAAGAGAGUUCAUUUUGGCUCAGCCAAAGCUAUGAUAUAGGCAAGAUGAACACAAAGUACUCACCAGGACCUGAGAUGCAAGCCAAAGUCUUGAGGCUUCUUGCUACAGUAUAUUUAGAAUGGGACUGUCAGAAGUAUCUGGAGAAAGCUCUUCAUGCUGUGAGCCUGGCUAAUAAGGAAAACAUGCAACCGACAGGCCUCUGUCUCAAAAUCCGUAUCUUAGUGAGAAGUGCUAGCCCAGAUGAUGCGGUAAAAUCCGGGCUGUCAGAGCUGCUGAACUGUGAUGUUCCACUGAAUGUUUGUUUAGGCACAGUGAAACUGCUGGUGGCCGAGGACAGGGAGUCUUUGGCCUUUGAUUUUCUGAAAAAGGUGUGUCAGCAGUUUGAGUGGUCUCCUGAGCUGGGCUCUGCUCUUCUUCUGCAUAUAGAGCUGCUUCUGCAGAGGGGCAGAGAGCUACUGGCCAAACAGAAAAUUGAAGAUGCUAUCACAGGACAUUACACAGGAAAGCAACUGUCACCGCAGAUUCUUUCAUCUCUUCACCACCAUCUAUGGGACAAGGCUUCCAAAAAUUUUGAAGCCAAGAAUUACUCUGAAGCCCUACAUUGGUAUAAUUACUCCUUAAGUUUCUACAGAUCAGGUCAGUUGGAUCAGAACCUGGCUAAACUGCAAAGAAACCGAUCCUCUUGUUUUCUGCACCUGCAACAACUUGAAAAGGCUAAGGAGGCUGUAGAAGAGGCAGAAAGAAUUGAUCCAACCAGCAUUUUCACACAGUUCAAUAUCUACAAGAUUGCUGUAAUGGCGAACAAUGUAGAGAGGGCUGCUGUGGCUUUGAGAGAGAUCAGUACUUUAGCUCAGACUCCAGUAAGCAGUGAAGACAGACUGUUGGUGGCUGAAAACGCUGCAGCAAACCUCCUGAGCCUGGCAGCACAGCUCGCCCUAGAGCAUGAACAGCAGAAAUUAGCCAUCAAAGCCCUUGAGAGUCUAUGUGAACACUCGCAAGAUGUCGUUCAGGUCCUCACUGCUUUGAGGUGUCUGGUGCGACUUGUUCUUUCGACAGUGGAAAACAUCAGUGAGGGAAACAGCAGACAUGCCAGCAUGGACGUCCUCUUGUCCUACCUAAAGACAGCUCUUCAGAAAGCCUCACAGAUGAACCACAUUCCUGGUCAAGGACUAGAUGAGCGUUCAGACAAGGCCAACUGGUUCAGGAAAAUCGCGUGGAACUUAGCCCUACAGUGUGAGCACAGUCCGGUCACGAUGAGAGAUUUCUUUCUUCUUUCUUAUCAGCUGUCACAACUGUGUGCUCCAGACAGAGGCGUGUUGAUAGGACAGAAAACAUGUCUCCUGAUGGUUGCUGCUGCCUCUCUGGAGAUCUGCAGGAACAUGGAUCACACCGAGCAACAGACAGAGCUGCUGACCCAGACUCUAGAGCACAUACAGAUCUGUAAGGAAGUGUGGAAAACCAUUACAGCAUCAGGCACUUCCUGUAAAGACCCAACAGACAGAUUAUUGCUGCUCUAUGAGUUUGAAGCUCGGGCCAAAUUAAAUGAUGCCAAACUUGAGUCUGUGCUCGAGUCAGUUUUGGAGCUGGAUAACGUUGAGGCCAAAGUGUUAGAAACAAUCGCAGUCCUAGCAAUGGAACCUCCAGCUCAUUUCCCUGUGUUGUGCAAGAAAGCGCUGAGGAUUGCCCUGUCUCUACACAGGAAAGAGCCACAGGUCGACCUCACACGCUGCAGUAACUGUGUACACAGCCUCAUUCAGCUGACCCUGCCGAGCGGCGUGUCUGAGGUGGAACCCCAUGCGUUGGAGGAAGUGUGGGGCUAUUAUGAGGAAGCUCUCUCCAUCAUAGCAACCGCACCCAAGGACUUUCCAGAGCUGGAAAUCCUGUGGCUGUUGACCCGAGCGUGGAACACAGGAAUCCUGCUUUACAGUCUGGCCCAGUACCCUGAGGCUGAGAGGUGGUGUGGGCUGGGGAUGAGCUUCCUGCGGCACCUAGGCUCCCUGCAGGACAGCUAUCAGACUCAGAUGGCGGGUCUGUACAGCGAGGUGUUGGACAGGCUGGAUAAAGCGAAGAAGAAUGUCAUUAUUGAGGAAUGAUGGACGCGAUCAUCGCAGAUGGAGAUCUCAGGUUUAACUGCACGUGUUUAAUAUGUAGCGUGAAUUUGUUUAUGGCAAGCUAAGAGCUGUCGAAUACAUCCAAGGUUUGGUUUUGAGUCAGUGGAUUAUUAUGUUCAAAGUGUUACGAAAGGUUCGAAUAGUAUUUCUAGUAUUAAGAAUACAUAGUAGUAUUCGAU